UUUUUGUUUGACUAUCUAUCAUUUGCCUUUAAUCACAUUUUCAAUUCCUCCAACCCUUGUUCAGAAAUCCAAACCCUCCAAUUUCCCUAUCUCAUCAACUCAAAUUAAACAAAAUAAGAACCCCAAAUUUGUGAUCUUCCAAUCACAACCCACAAUUCAAAACCACUUAAUUCUUAUCUGGGUAGUUAUAAUCCCAAUAUUCUUCAAAUUCGAAGCUGGGUUUUUUUUCCCCAUUUUUGAAGAAUUGAUCUUUCCCAACAGAACCCACAAUUUAAAACCAGUUAAUUCUUAUCUGGGUAGUUCCAGAAACCUUCAAAUUCGAACCUGAUAUAUUGUUUUGAAGGAGAGGAGAGAAGAAAUGGGGUUUGGGAAGAACGACAAUGAAGCAGGAUCAAGCACAAACUCAAUCCCAAUUCCAAGAGAAGACACCCCACUUUUAGGUCAAUCAAAGCAAUCCUCUCAAUUCAAAACUUUGGCCAACAUUUUCAUUGCAAUUGUAGGAUCUGGUGUCCUGGGUUUACCUUACACUUUCAUGAAAUCAGGUUGGCUAUUUGGUGUAUGUACGCUCUUCUCAAUUGCUCUUCUAACUUACUAUUGCAUGAUGUUGUUGGUUUAUACUAGAAGGAAGCUUGAAUCUGUAAAUGAGUACUCAAAAAUCAACUCUUUUGGUGAUCUGGGUUUCUCUGUUUGUGGCUCAAUUGGGAGGCUUUCUGUUGAUUUUAUGAUAAUUUUAUCGCAAGCUGGGUUUUGUGUUAGUUACAUGAUUUUUAUUUCAAAUACUUUUGCUCAUUUGUUCAACAGUACAUCUUCACAGGCUCAUAGUUAUCUGGGUCUUACCCCCAAAAAAUGGUACAUUUGGGGAUGUCUCCCAUUUCAAUUGGGGUUAAAUUCAAUCCCAACACUGACCCAUUUAGCCCCUUUGAGUAUUUUUGCUGAUGUUGUGCAACUUGGGGCAAUGGGUGUUGUUAUGGGGAAAGAUGCUGUUAUUAUUGCCCAAGAUAAACCAGCUGUUCAGGCUUUUGGAGGGUUGAAUGUUUUCUUCUAUUGUGUUGGGGUUUGUACUUAUUCCUUUGAAGGGAUUGGAAUGGUUUUACCCUUGGAAAGCGAGACGAGGAACAAGAAGAGUUAUGGGUUGGUAUUGGGUUUGGCAAUGGGAAUGAUUUCCUUCUUGUAUGCUGUGUUUGGUGCUAUGGGUUACCUUGCCUUUGGGGACGAAACCAGGGAUAUUAUCACCACUAACAUUGGAACCGGGUUUUUCAGCACUGUGGUGCAAUUAGGGCUGUGUAUUAACCUUUUCUUCUCUUGCCCGUUGAUGAUGAACCCGGUUUAUGAGGUGUUGGAGAGAAGGUUAUCUCAAGGAAGCUAUAACUUGUGGUACAGAUGGUUGAUGAUUUUUGUGAUUGCUUUGGUUGCCUUAUUUGUGCCGAAUUUUGCUGAUUUCUUGUCACUUGUUGGAAGCAGUGUGUGCAUUGCUUUAGGGUUUGUUUUCCCUGCUCUAUUCCAUUUCAUUGUUUUCAAGGAUGAAGCUGGUUUGGGAAAGCUGGUAUUGGAUGGAGCAAUUGUUGUGUUAGGCAUUAUUCUUGGUGUCUCUGGUACUUGGACUUCUCUUAGAGAGAUUUUCGGUACCGUAGCUUGAUUUUGACAAGAAUAGUUGUAUGGUUCCUCAACAUUGGGUUGAUUAUUUACUCGGGUAUUUGUGUCGGACUUUGGUGUUUAAGUGUAGGACUUGUCUAAGUUGUUAUGAUAAAUAACAUGGUUCAAGUGAUUGAUCGAGUCUAAAUUGAAAUGUCAAGUGUCUCAGCCCUUGUUAGAAUGUUGAUGAUGUUACAGCCACUCAGUCCUGAGUGGCUGUAUUGUUAGUCGGAGGGUCGAGGAUAUGGCAGCACCAUAGGAGGUUCUUUGAGCUGGUGUUAUGAGCUCGAGUAACACAGCACAAUUCUGUAUCAUAUGCGUGUAUAAUCCUAAGUUUGGUAAGAUCAUGUGGUUUAAGUGUGAUGGUUUUUUGUAUGAAUCAAUGAUUUAUGUUCAAAUUGUCAAAUAAUGAUAAUAAAUGAAAUAUUUGUUGCAUUCCUUUUCAGUAA